AUGAGUAAAUACACAGUUUCAUACGGAUUGAUACCACCACAGCGUGCUAAUAUUCACGAGUCUCACAUCUUGCCUAUUACCAAGAUCAUACAGUCGCGAAGUAUACCUGACUUGAUUCUCACAUGUGGCAGGGAUGGCACUGUGAUCAGGCAUACACAGAAAAAUGGCGAGUGGCGACGCGUGAGGAUGCAGACCAACAGUGACUGGGUUAGCGAUGUGGCUGAGCUAGACGAAGGCAAAUUUGUCACGGUCAGCCAUGAUUUUUUUCUGUGUUUGCUGACAGUUAACGCGGAAAACGACGAUUGGACUAGUAAAAUGCUUGGAUAUCACGACGACUAUGUUAAAUGCGUGGCUGUCAUAGGCAAAGACGGUUUGGGCGAUUGGAAGCUAGCCACAUGCGGAUUGGACAUGAAGGUCAAGAUUUGGAAAGUACGCCAAGACGGAACGUCCAUCUUGAUGCACACUAUCGACAAUGCACAACCAGAAGAAACCGGGUCUCUAUACGCACUGAUAUCGGUCAGUAGCAAUGAAUUGCUGUUCGAUCUAGUGGCCGGCGAUAAUAAUGGAAAUUUAGUGCUGAUAUCAAGCAAGACAGGUGAGAAAGUAGGCCAGGUCAAAGCGGCCCACAAGACAAAUAUCAAACUACUACAUUUGAUGGGCACAAGACUUUUGAGCACUAGCUCUGAUGGUAUGAUCAGUCUAUGGGAUCUAGAGAAUCUGGGAAUAGAUGGAGGAGCAGACGCACUCAUUCAUUCGUGGAAGUGGGCUUCUCCCGUAUGGUGUAUCCAGGGAACGUCGCUAGAACAGUUUCUUCUGGGGGAUUCGCGUGGAGCAAUUACGCGAGUCAGUUUAACAGAAGGCGCGUGGGAGGUUCCAGAACUAACAGCAGUCCUAAGAUCUGAUCCAGAAAGUAGGGGAGUGCUGACAAUGCUCAAGUUAGACAGUGAGGACAUCUGGUAUUCUUUCUGCGGCGACUCAAAUCUACACUCGCUGGAUACCAAGACAGGCGAAGUAUUUACACUCAAGGGUGGCGACGCUUUGCUGAAAAGCUCUCUACUGACCAACAGGAGACAUGUCAUAACGCAAAACACUAAAGGCGUUGUUCAAAAAUGGGAUAUUGUAUCUUGCGAGCUGCUGGACACUUUUGAUGAUACAACGGAGAGUUUUGAUGACCUUGUGAACAAAAAUAAUACUAAAGAAACUUUAGCCCAUUGGUGCUCCGUUUCGAUCAAGACUGGAAAGCUCUUUGUCAAACUAUCACCGAAGUUCUUGAACACGGAGGUUUAUGGCAGUGCCCUUGAGCAUUACAAAAUUAUUAAUGAUAUCAAGAUCGAAAUUGACGAGCGCUACAAUGUCGGUAGGAUAGCCCUCAAUUCCAUUCUAAACGAGUUCAUAGUUUGGGCGACUGCGAGAGACGAACUGUUUCGCAAAGAUCUUGGUACCAAAAAAAAUUCUGUUCCAGGGUCCCCUUCACAGGCCCCGACAGAUGCCUCACUGAAUGACUUGAGUAGGCCUGGGUUAAAAGACAAAAGAAAGCUGUCUUUAUUCACAAAACUCUCUAAGGGUCGACAAUCCCCAACUCCUGCAUCUUUACCAUGCACUCCCUUGGCAGAAGGUAAUUCACCUAUGAUGGCAGAAGAUUCAUUCAUUCUUCCUCCACCAGCCACUUCGCAUUUGGAGGGUCAUACCGCAAAGGGCGGGAAAAACGAUACAUUUCAGACACCAGCUUUGGAGAAGAGGUCUCUUAGCACAGGGUCUCUUCUAGCCCAAAGAUUAAGGCUGCUCUCUACAGCCAAUAACACCAAUUCGGGAUCUAAUCUCAGUGAUGUAGAUGAUAGUGGAACAGGAGAGGAAAAAGGACCUCAACGGAGCUUCAAUACUGCCACGGAUACUGAUGACGAAAUUUUCAAGCCAAAUUUCUUCAUGCACCAUGAAGCAGCGAAUAAUGAUACUACAGAAAUAAGCAAAAACAGUGAGGACUCACAUCCUGAGCCUUCGAAGAGGCAGGAGUUCAUGUCCGAUCUUAUUGCAGAAAUGCGCAACGAGUAUGUCAAAGAAGUUGAUGCGAAUGCUUCGUCUUUCAAAAUCCUGAGUAGGAAACCACCCAAUUCCAAAAUUACAAGGGAGGAUGAUUCGCCCAUUAUUGAGAUCAAAGGAGGUGUUCUUCUUCUCGUCAAUUGCUGGAAAGAGGGUUCCAGUGGCGACACUGUGUGUUUCUCGACUUAUGUGCCCACGCCACGUUACGAUAAUGCGCUUCUUUCAGACAAGGGAGGUAACCAACAAGUGUUCGAGUCGCUGGAACGUAAUUUGCCCUACUGGAUGGGUAAGGCUCUAAUCCAAGAUGAGAAAACCACCAAGAACUAUCCCAAAUUGACUUUCGUGCUGGAGCCCUGGCAGGACCCCGACUCAGCAGAGGACUCGACAACCACUUUGGGCUCGGAACAGUCUCAAUCAGCACAACAUCAGCAUCACCACCAUCUGCCUUUCCAUCGCAGCAAGCAUAGCGAACGCGACGGUGAUCGAAAGCCUAAACCGCUUCCUAAAGUGGCUGAAGCUUAUACUAAACUACACGCUCCCACUGUAGUCAAAGUGAAGAAAAUAAUAAACUACGUGGUUGAUCGAUUUGAUUCUAAGACCCCAGAAAUGCGGUCCCGAACACCUGGCCACGAGUGGCUCGAGCUGUUAUGCAAAAAUCAGCUACUUGACAAUGAGAUGGCACUGGGCAGCGUAAAGACUCUUUACUGGAAAUCGCAGGGUGACAUAGUUUUGCAAUAUCGCAGGAAAACCACAGUUUCUCGCGAAGCCUAA